AAAAGACUUCAAAUUCUCUUAUUUUGUCUGAAAUAAACGGGCCGAGAAAGAAAGGCCCAUUAAUACGUCCUAAAUUAUAUCUUCUUCCCUUCGCUGUCGCCGUGGUUCCCAGACAAGCUCGCCUUUUACUGCAGUGCUCCGCCGCAUCCGAAGCCCGUCUUUAUCAAAAUCGUCGGAGCUUCAAACAAUGACGUCACUUCUCUUACCUUCAUCUCAAUUUCUCCAAACUCGAAGCCACCAGAGCAAUGGCCAGCGAUUGCUACUCCCUCGAACACCACUGUUCUCCCCACUACCCUCACUCCGUCAGCUGAAACCGAAACACAUCUCUGUUUCCGCCGCAGCGUCGAAGAAACAAUCGGAGACUGUCACAGCUCAGACUCCGAGUGCGAAGAAGAAUUCGAGCGUGGAGGAGGAGACAGAAGAGGAAGAAGUAGAGGAAGAUAUGUUAUGGAUUCAGGAGAAGGCGUUAGACCUAGUCGAGUUCACUAGUUCGGUGACUCAAGCGAUUCCAGGUCCUCGAGUUGGAAGUAGCAAAUUGCCGUGGAUGCUCGCUGUUCCGUUAGCUUACGUCGGCGUCACUUUUGUUACUGCUUUUGUCAAAACCGUUCAGAAGUUCUCUUCUCCUAAAGCUCAACGGAGGAAACUGGUGAAUCAGAAUGCUAUGCUUUGUAGAUCUAUAGAUGAACUGUUACGCAAAGAUGGAACAGUUCAUAGCUCUGAGCUUAAGGCACUUGAACAGAAGACAGAGUUCAACAUGGAGGAGAUAUUGAGGAAAUACAUUCGUUAUGCGUUGAAUGAGAAGCCGUUUAAUCCUGACCUUGUUGCUGAUCUCAUUCAUCUGAGAAGAGCUUCUGGUUUGAAUGAUUCUCAGAUUCCUGAGAUUUUAAAUGAGAUCUCUCGUCGUAUUGUUAAAGAAAAAGGUCCGGUAGUGAUGAAAAUGCAAGGGUUUACAGAAAAAGGAUUCAAGAGAAAACUUGCUGUGCAGGCGCUCUUUGGAAAAAUUUACUAUCUUUCUGAGCUUCCUGACUUCUGCUCAAAAGACAACUCCUUAAUCGUCAAGGAAAUAUUCGGAGUUACAGAUGAAGACGCAGAGAAGCUGCGGAUACACGCGCUUGCUGAAGCUGGAGACAUAGAGGCACUUGAGAAAAUGGUGGAAUUUGAGAAAACUGCGGAGUCUUCCUCAGAUAAAGAAGAAGAUUCAAUUGAAGAAGAUGACUCUAGUACCACUUCUUACUAGGUUUUUUUUCCAAAGGGGUUUUUCUUAUGUUCUUUGACUUUAUAUAUAUAUCACAUUUGUUCACAGCAGUCGACGUCUAAAUUUUCAACCAAAAUUUGCCUUUUGCGAUAAGCAAUGACGCUACUUGUAAUAGAAAUUUACUCCAUCUGAAAUGCAGCACAUCAAUACAAGUUG